CGACACAGUUCAGAGCUAGUUAGCCUCAGAGGACACGUACUGUGUAAGUCUGUGUCCUAGCUAGUUGGACAAGUACUUUUGAGUAAUGGCCGUUCCCCACGCAACUGUAGAUAUGACUACUGUGAACAACUCGGAAGAGACAUUCCCAUGUAGCAUAAAUGCUAUGGCUCCACAGUCAAACUCAGACGCAGCAAAAGGAAAAUGCCCAAUACUAGACAAAAUUCUGGACCCUAAGGGACCAUUCUUUCAAAAGUGGAAUAUGAUGUUAGUAGUAUCUUGCGUGCUCGCUGUUUUGCUGGAUCCAUUGUUCCUCUACAUCCCUAUCCUAAACGAUGACAUGAAGUGCAUUGGACUAGAUUCAAACUUGAAGAUAGCAGCUGUGGUUCUACGAUCGCUUACCGAUCUCGUUUAUAUAGUCAAAAUUACUUUUCAAAUCUAUGAGCUUCAGAAAUUAACAGCUAAGAAGAUUUGGGAGUCAUGCAUCCUGCUUGUUGACAUUUUAGCAGUUCUUCCCAUUCCACAGGUACUAAUCAUCGUUUUCUUUACAAAAAUGAGGGGUUCGGGAUUGAAUACAAUUAUUAUGAACUUUCUCGUUCUAAUCCAAUAUGUGCCACGAGUAAUUUGCAUCUACUAUGCUUGUAAAGAAUUUGAAAUCCCGAGCUCUCUUAAAAAGUGGGAAUCAUGGCUUAAUGGUGGACUCAUUUUCUUCAUGUACAUCCUUGCUAGCAAUCCUGGGUCGAGCACCGGUGACGUCCAGGAGGCCAUCGAAGACGUCGCGUGGUCGUCGUUGUCAGCGCCGGCCGAGCUUGGGCGAGCUGCAGCAGAAUCCGAGCAAAAGUCGACCAGCACCGGUGAGGCAGUUGGAUGCAGUCGAGCUCACCGGCGAGUUGCACGGAAUCUGGGCGUUGCAGCAGUUGGACGCGGUCGUUGUCAGAGGGACAGCGGUUGGACGUUGUCGAGCUCACCUGCGAGUUGCAGCGAAACCUGGGCGAGAGGUCGAACCUCGCCGGAGUUGGAGAUCCGGGAGCGAUGA